AUGACAUUGCAUGUGCGUUUUAGCUCCAUCUCUUGUUUCUUUGCUUUGAGCUUCUUGGUUACUACUCUUGUUUCUUUACCUUCUCGUCGUUUUGACGAAGUCGAGAGCCUUCUAGCUUUCAAAAACGAGUUUACUCUGUCAUGCAACAAAUCAGUGACAAACUCUUGGACCCGUGACGCCAUCUCCUUUGAUGGGGUUUUGUUUGAUAAAGACACUGGUGGUGUCACGGAGCUAAAGCUUCGUGGUGCAUGUCUCACCGGCACUCUCGACGCUAACAGUAGCCUCUUCAGAUUACACCAGCUCAGACAUCUGGACCUCUCACACAACAACAUUUCCUCUUCAUUACCGGCAGAGUUUGGGCGACUCACCAACUUAGAGUUCUUGGAUCUUCACCAAAACCGCUUCACUGGAGAGCUUCCUUCCUCAUUCAGCAACUUAACCAAGCUUCAAUUUCUAGACAUUUCUAACAAUAGUCUCCAAGGAAAAGUUCCCGAAUGGUUAUGGAGGCUUCCUUCCUUGACCGCGACUAAUCUCUCUCACAACUCAUUUGAUGGUUUCCAAGGCUCUCCCCUCCAUAACUCCUCAGUACUAGUCUACUUGUUUCUGAGGUCAAACGCCUUUCAAGGAUCUUUUCCAAACAUUCCACCAACCGUGAAGUACCUGGACGCAUCAAACAACAACUUCACAGGAGAGAUGCCUUUAUCGUUAUGCGAUUUAAGGAAGCUGUUAGUUCUUGAACUAUCGAACAACAGUUUCAGCGGUUCGGUUCCAAGAUGCUUGAGUGAAUCUAUCACAUUGAUGAAUCUCCGUCGCAACAACCUUACAAACCUUCCCGACACAUUCUCCAACAGCUCACUAGAGCUGCUUGACGUCGGCAACAAUCAAAUAAGUGGGAAGCUUCCAAGGUCUCUUGAACACUGCAAACGCCUAGAGUAUGUAGAUGUGGAGAGUAAUCAAAUAAGUGACACGUUUCCUUUCUGGUUAGAGUCUCUGCCUAAUCUCGAAGUGCUUGUCCUACGAUCAAACAGAUUCUACGGUCCUAUAUCUUCUCCUCAGCAUCCUCGACCAUUUUCAAAACUGAUGAUGAUUAACAUAGCGGGUAACAUGUUUGACGGCAGUCUUCCACCAAACUACUUUGUGAACUUGAGUGCAGCCAUUACACCAAGAGUGAAACACAUCGGCUCUCUUGUUGAUUUCUCUGGAAACAGAUUUGUAGGACAAAUUCCAGAAUCCAUAGGUCUUUUGAAGUCGCUCCUUGCCCUCAACUUAUCCAACAAUGGUUUCACCGGUCAUAUUCCAUCGUCUCUAGCUAACCUCACGGAGCUUGAGUCACUGGAUAUAUCUAGAAACCAAAUUUCUGGGACAAUUCCACAAGAGUUAGGGAAGCUCUCCUUCUUGUCGUAUAUUAACAUGUCACACAACAAACUCACUGGCCAAAUACCACAGGGUACACAGUUUCAAAAGCAAAAUGAGUAUUCAUUUGAAGGGAAUGUCGAUCUAUGUGGCUUUCCUCUUCGAAAGAGUUGCUAGCAAGAACGCAGACGCAAUCAUCUCACGCUUCCAAAGCAAUGCAUACCCUCAAUGCUUGUAACCCCCUUGCUAUUCUCGUUACUCCUAGUUUUUCAUUUUGUUCUCUUUUUCUCUAUUCCACUUUCAAUAAGUUUGUAGCUACUUUUGAGUGCAUACUCUUUCUAAGUU